AUGACUUCCGUUCAAAGAGGACAAGAUUGGAUGAAUGAGAUAUUGAAUGGACACCCUGUUCGAUGUAUGAAUGCCUUUAGAAUGGACUCAAACUUAUUUAUACAGUUGUGUGAAGAUUUACAAACAAAAUAUGGGUUACAGCCAAGUAAGAGAAUGACAGUUGUAGAGAAGGUGAGCAUAUUUGUAUAUACACUUGCUAUGGGCGCUUCAAAUAGAGAUGUUAGAGAGCGGUUUCAACAUUCUGGUGAGGCUAUUAGUAGAGUAUUUCACGAAGUUUUGGAAGCAGUUAGUGGUAGAAGUAAAGGCUACAGAGGUCUAGCACAUGAUAUUAUAAGACCAAAGGAUCCAACUUUUCAAUGUGUACCACCUCAUAUUGCUAAUGAUGAGCGGUACAUGCCUUAUUUUAAGGAUUGUAUUGGAUGUAUUGAUGGUACUCAUAUAGCUGCAUGUAUUCCUGAGGCUGAUCAAAUGCGUUAUAGAGGUCGAAAAGGAAUCCCCACCUUCAAUGUCAUGGCUUGUUGUGAUUUUGAUAUGUGUUUCACAUUUAUAUCUGUUCGAUGGGAGGGAUCAGCACAUGACACAUGCGUUUUUCUUCAUGCCAUCAACACACCUGCGUUAAAUUUUCCAAAGCCUCCUGAAGGUAGAUAUUAUUUAGUCGACAAGGGAUACCCUGAUAGAGAAGGAUAUUUGGUGCCUUAUCCCAAGAUAAGGUAUCAUCAAUCUCAAUUUGAACAUGAGCCCCCAAAUAAUGCUCAAGAAGUCUUCAACCGCACACAUUCAUCUCUUAGAAGUUGUAUAGAAAGAUCAUUUGGAGUGUUGAAGAAAAGAUGGAAAAUACUUAAUAAAAUGCCGCAAUUUAGUGUUAAGACACAAAUUGAUGUUAUAAUAGCUGCUUUUGCAUUGCAUAAUUAUAUUAGGGCCAACUCACAAGAUGAUGCAAUGUUUAAUGUUCUUGAGCAAAAUCCAAAUUAUGUACCUCAUGAUGAAUUUCGAGAUACUGCUGAUAAUUCUCAAGCUAGUGAAAGACCGGAGGGGGGGUCACGGAGAUCAAAUAAGAUGAAAGAAAUUCGUAAUAGUAUUGCAGCUUUACUGUGGAAUGUUAGACAAUAA